CGUGUAACUUUAAGUCUGAUGUUAUUCAUUAAUGAGCCAUGUGGUGUAGUAACGUUAUUCAUUCAGUUUUCAGUGUUCAUCUGCGUUAAAUGUCAUGUUCUGUAAAAUUAGAUUAUUUUUGCUAACCUCUUGAGUCGCAGCAUUAAUGUCACCUAGCUAGUAGGGAGCCUUCACAUUUCUGUUUGUUUGUUUGUUUAAACAGUUAUUUAUGUAGAUUUGUGGGUCCUGGCAGAGACUUUAUAUAGAGGUCCUGGUCCUGAAGACCAACGUGGAGUCUCGCCUGGCUGUUAAAGGGAAAAUACACCUGAAAACAGAUAUUAUCUGCGUUAGUUAGCAUAGCUUUAGCACUGUUGUGGAGGUCUCUUGCUGCUCAUGAUACUGCAACCCGACUGUGUAAUCUUGUAUUUUUUGAAAAAGUCAUUGCAAAUUUUUGACAAUUUUAGCAACUUUCUUCAGUUAGCUACCAGUGAAUUGUGUGUAUAAAUGUGGUUGCGCAUUCUGCCAUAACUAACGUUACUAAAAGUAUUAACCUUACCGUGUUUAAAGUAAAGUCUUUCUGACGGCUGUUAUCCAUGAAGCUUUGUUUUGAGUCUUGGCAGAGACGUUUGGACUUGGAGACCCUCUACUCUCUUUAACAGCUUUAAACAUACAUAACAUUGUUUUAUCUGCGUAAUACUUAUAUAGUUUUGUCUUAAUACUCCAGGUUGGGGUCUCAGAGACUUCAGCUGUGAACCAUGUUUAAAUACAAUUAAUUUAUUGUGCUUUUUGUGAUAUGUCUUGACACUGCUUUUAAGGCAGCACUACACCUCCAAACUCCCCCAAAUGUGAAUUGUGUAUAUUUGUAUUUCUGUCAUUGCCGUUGAUCAGAAUUUGCUCAACUUUGGGAUCUCUUUUAUUCCAAAUUAACAUCACUAUGUAGAAUUACUUACAUUUCUUUUCUUGUGAAUCAUUUGUCAGUGCCAAGCCCAUAUAAUUUAAAAAACAUGAACCUUAUUUGGUGAAAUACCGAUGCUUUAUGGUCAUUUCCAUGUACUGUAUUCAUUAAAUGUAGCUUACAAGCCUAGUUUGUGAAAAAUUGAAUGAGUUACCACAAUGAGGAAAUAAAGCCUCUGUCAACAAAGCAGGAUUAUGGGAGACAAGGAGUGUGCCAGAAAUGAGUUGCACUUUCCACCUCCUGGUUUCCCGCAGUGACAUCUACCAUGGCCGUUUUCUGCUUGUCUUGUCUCGACAGUCCGUGUUGCUCAGAGCUCUCAGCACUGGGCCCCAGAUCAGCCGCAGCCUGCAGGAGAGCUACAGGCUUCUGCAACUGCCUGACCAGGGACAUAGCAGUCCUGGGCAGGUGAAAGAGGCCUACUUGCGCCUAGCCAAGCUUUACCACCCGGACUCUGGGGCUCCGACUGCAGACGCAGUGCUGUUUGCUCGGGUGGAGGAGGCCUACCGUGCUGUGCUGGCGCAUCAGAGCAAGACCAAGCAACCUGAUGGAGGAAAGGAAGCAGAAGAGGAGGAGUCCAGAGGUACAGCACUUCCACACAGACACUACCUCAGCUACGAGGGUGUGGGUUCAGGCACACCCAGCCAGCGUGAACGUCAGUACAGGCAGAUUCGUAUUGACCGGGCAUCUGAGCAGGUUUUGAAUUACCGACAGAGGGAGCAUGAGAGGGCAGCUGCUGCCGAGGGGGCGCUGGUGGAAAGGGACAUGCGUCAGCGCAGCCGAAAGGUCCAGAUCACCCAGGCUGUGGAACGGCUUGUGGAAGACCUGAUCCAAGAGUCCAUGGCCCGAGGAGACUUCAGGAACCUGAGUGGAGCUGGAAAGCCCCUCAACAAGUUUGAGCACAAUCCUUAUGCUGAUCCAAUGACCCACAACCUCAACCGCAUUCUCAUAGAUAAUGGCUACCAGCCACCCUGGGUUGUCACACAACGCGACAUCCGAGAGACCACUGCUCAGAUUCGAAAUAGGUUAUUGGAUGGUAGGGUCAGGCUCGGUGACCCCAUGACCUCCAAAGAGCACAGGCAAUGGGAGCAGCUGUGUGCAUCUGUAGAGGAGGAGUUAGUGAAACUUAACAAGAUGGUGGACAAUUACAACCUCAUAGUACCGAUGCUCAACAUGCAAAUGGUUCACUUUAGUUUGUCACGAGAGAUUGACCGUGCUGUGAAAGGAGCCUGCCAGCACCGACUGGACCAGCAGAGAGAGAGAGACAAUGAGAGAGAGAGGAGGAAGGAGGAGAAGAAACAAGCCAUUGCAGUAACCACACCUAAAAAUACCAAACAAGACCUGAUGUCUUGGAUGAAGGCUUUGCUCAGAUUAACACACUAACACUCUGACUCUAAGUGAACAGGACAGUGAUUUGAGAUCAGUGGUUUAUUUGUCAACCAAUAAUUACAGUCCAUGGGGCUAUUUCACACUUGUUCACCUGCUUAUUUCUGUGUAUGUCAGACACAAUAUUGCCACCAAUUUUACUCUGUGUUACAACCGUAUUGAGCAAUUGUAGUUGCUGUGACUGUAAAGUGUGAAGAACUGCAUGUGUUGAUAACAAAGAUUACAACAUGAACCAUUUUUAUGAUAUGAUGUGAAGUUGUUUCUGUGAAAUUACUGAUCUGAACAUACAAACCUACCUAACACUAACUGUUGGUUGCUAUGUGACAUUAAAAGUUAUGGUAAUUAUAAA